AACAUUUUCCAUCUUAACAGCUACGUUUUCAACGCACAAAAUAGUUCAAAGUUAGGUCAAAAGUUGAUAUGCUUUUCAUACAAUUAUUGAAAAAACCGAAACAAAAAUGAUACAUGUGAUGCUUGUCUGUAAUUUAUAUUUUAUUAUGUACAUACAUACUGCAUUCUUUAAAUUGGAAACUAUGAAUGUGUUAAAUUUAUAAAAAAAUUUACUAAGAAAAGAGAUUUUCUUUUACAAAGAAGACACCAUGUCGAAAGAAAAUAUUAAUUUACCAAAAGUCCCAAAAGAUUUGUGCUUCUCAGAACUUGAUUUCAUUCAGCAAAAUUUCAAUGUAGAUACUUUUCUACAAGAACAUAGAAAGAACACAAAACUGGAAACGAUGCGAGAUGAUUUGGGAAUAUAUUUGAAAUUAUUAAGAUCCGCUAUGAUCGAUUUAAUCAACAGAGAUUAUACAGAUUUUGUGAAUUUAUCAAGUAAUCUUAUUGGUUUGGAUAAAGCUAUCAAUAAUCUGCAAACACCGUUAGGUCAAUUAAAAGAGGAAAUAAUGCAAAUACGACAAACUUUGGACGAUGAAAUUAUUGUAAUUUCUCAUAAUGUGAAUGAUUGCGAGAAACUUAGAGAAUACAAGAAGAGUAUAUUCAGUUUACAAUAUAUUUAUAAUUCUUUCAACAAAUUGUCAAACACAUUAUCGUUAAAUACAUUUCUUGAAAGUACAGUUAAAAUAGAUAUCUUGGAACAAAUUGCAGCAGAAUUCAGUCAGUUACAAUUUUACAUGUCCAGAUGCAAAUUGGAUAUUAUCAAUGAUAAACAAAAGGAAUAUGAAAAACUUGAACAGACUUAUAUGACGUAUCUUAACGAAUUGUUCUUGGCAUCUUUGCAAGAAAGAAAUUCCGAUUUUUUAAUUCGAUGUUUAAGAAUUUAUGUUACGCUUGACAAAAUAAGCGAUGCAGAAAAUUUAAUAAGAAAAGAAGUUGUUAGUCCAUUGGUUCAUAGUGCAAUUAGCAUAGAAAACUUACAAACCAAUUCACUUGGCCUACAAGAUAUUUACGAUAGAUUGUUGAAUAUUUUGAAUGUAGAACUCGAACUGCUUUUGGACAUCACAUCCAAAGUUUCCGCGGAGAAACGAAGAGUACAAUUCGAUUUUGUGGUAAACAGUUUUUGGAUCGAGGUGGAAGAAAAGAUGGAACAAUAUAUUAAAUGUGUUUUUGCACCCGGAGAUCCAGUAUUAUUUCAUUCGAGAUACAUUGCAACUCUCAAGUUUUUAGAGAAAUUAGAAGAUAAAUGUCUUUCACACGAACCUUAUGUAGCAUUAAAAGAAAAUCCACAGUAUAAACGUUUUUUAAUAAAGUGGAAUUUACCAGUCUAUUUUCAAAUACGAUUUCAAGAAAUAGCCAGUGCGGUCGAAACUGUACUAACAGAACCAAUAUCACCAGCGUGUGUUAAGGGAACAUUAGAAACGUUUACGCAAAAGCAUUUUUCUCUUCAUGCAACCUAUAUCAUUGCGAUAAAUAUACAAAGAAUUUGGUCCAAAGACGUAUAUUUGAGUCAGCUUUUUCAUCGAUUUUGGAAAUUCACUCUUCAGAUAUGUGCCAGAUAUCAAAUGUGGAUUCAUAGAGCCCUUAAAGAAGUAUGGACAGUAGAAAACGAAGUAAAUAAUCCAAACAAAGCAGAACAUUCGACGAGGCUCAACUUUCUUAUUUGUUUGUACGAAGAUGUAAAGAAAUUUGUAGCCGCGUCUUCACUUCUUUUAAACAUGAUCCAGUCGAAACUUGAACGAACAACUGAAAAAAUAUUGAAAUUAUUGAAAGGUUGUACAAUACUUGAUUCCUUCGAUGAAACGAUAAAGAACUUGGAAACCAUUUUGCCACAAAUCACAGAAGAAAUUGUAAACGAACUUUUGAAACAAUCUGUGGUACAUUUGAAACAAGUCAGUGAUAUACCAAGAUUAUUUAGACGAACAAAAAGGGAUAUACCAACAAAACCAUGUGCUUAUGUAAAAAAUAGUCUUAUAUUUCUAAUCAAUUUUCAUCGAGAGUAUAAUGAAGUGUUACUAGAUGACGUUAAUCGCUGGUUGGAAUUAGCUCUAUCUUCAUUAACUAAACAUUACUUAGCUUCUGUAACAGAUGUAUUAACAUCGGUACAAAAAACUGAGGAAAGCUUGAGAAGAUUAAAAAAAAUACGCGAUAAAUCCACGGGUUCAUUUUCUUCUGAAGCACAAGGAAUCAGCGAUGAUGAAAAAAUACGUAUUCAGUUGCAAGUUGAUGUACAAGCUUAUGCCAACAUGAUUACAGAGAUGGAAAUUUCAAUUUCAAACGUGUCUCACGUGGAAGAAUUGUUACACGCUGUUGAAACAGCGAUCAAAAGAUAAUAUUCUUUUUCCAUUUUUUUAAACGAACAAUAACAACAACAACAACAACAACAAAAAAGGGUCGCAUGGAAUUCUAUAGAAUGACAUCCAAAUGUUAUUUUACUUAACAGACAUUUAAUCUAUUAUUUACAUAUAUAUUAUGUUUAUAUUACAAAACUCGUAAUCGUAUGUUUUAACCGAUUGAUUGUGAAACAUGGAAUUUUUUAACAACAAUUUUCUACUCCCACAAAUCACUCUGUGGUAGUUCAAUUGUAGUUAUACCAUCUUGGUGGGGAUACAGUGGAUGCCACCAAUCUAAAAUUUGACAAUUAACAACAUCAUUUAAAAUAACUUGAUUCGUCAAUGUACCAGGAAUAUCUGAUGUUCCAAAUCCAAGCUGCAAUCGAUGAUCUUUAAAACCUGGCAUUAAAGUCAUCGACACUGAUUGCAGGAUCAAACCGAUUACAGGUGGCAACAUACUAUAUUUUAAACAAGUUACCUACAAAUCAUGCAACAAAAUAAAUACAACGUUGCAUAGCAUUACAUAUAAUGUAUCACACUUUGGUCAUUUGUUAAAUAUGUACAAUAAAUACCCUAAGUACUUUA